AAGGAGCUUAGGCCAUGUCGGUCGCCGCACCCUUCUCAAAGCGCACGUCCUUCUCUGCGGUCGAAGGGUUACCUGAGACUGAGAAGAACGCUGGAGAGUCCGAGAAUACCUAUAUUCUGCGGCCCAUUUUCCAGCAAAGGUUCAGACCCUCUGUGGUUAGAGACUGUAUCCAUGCUGUGCUCAAGGAGGAACUGGCAAAUGCUGAAUACUCUCCAGAAGAAAUGCCUCAGCUCACAAAACGUUUAUCAGAAAAUAUUAAAGAUAAAUUAAAAGAAAUGGGAUUUGACCGAUAUAAAAUGGUGGUGCAAGUAGUGAUUGGAGAACAAAGAGGGGAAGGUGUAUUCCCUUCAGAUCUUUCAACGAAGAACCUGGAGUGUUCAUUGGAACCCCAGCCUCAGCAGCAUGGCUGCUCGCUGUUUCUGGGAUGCUGACGCUGACAACUGUACUCAUGAUGUUUUCAUGAAUGACAGUUUAUUCUGUGUUGUAGCGGCAUUUGGCUGUUUCUACUAUUGAAUCUUUGAAAGCUGGAAAAAGAUAUGACCAUGAAGAAAUAUGAAGUUUUUUAUAUUGUUAAAUAUCUUGACAAAAUAAAGUUGGCAGUUUGGCAACGGA